GCCCCGAGGUUGCCUUGGGAUUUGCUUGGCGCCCCGGGGAUCCCUGGAUUGACAGGGCGCGCAGUCACGUGACAGUGACCGCGCCAUGUUCCCAGUGCUGAGUUGUAGUCACACAGCCGCCAGCACUUGGGAAAGUAGCAACAGGAACAAGAAGUUUGGGGCGAGCAAGUUUUUAAAACACUGCGAAAAUUAGCACACAACAUCCUAGGAGUAUAAAUGCGUGACAAGAAAACACCAACAUAUUUUUGCAACUAAAGAAGAGUAGUUUACAGAGCUAUUUUUUAAUACAUUGAAAACACCAGCCGUAUUUUUGCACGGUAUGUGUGAAAAGAAGGCUAUUAAAAAUUCUGUCCCUUCCAAUUGCUUUUGAGUUGCAUGGUUUCUUUUGAAGGGUAUGCUGUGUUUUUAUUUUAUUAUUAUUUUUUUUUAAAGUUUUUAAAGUAAACAGUACAAUUUUCUGGGAUUGGAAACUACACAUUGAAAGAUAACAGGUGAAAAAACAUAUAUUACACGUGGGGAUAUUAAUCCAAGAGAGAUUGUUUGGAUAAGUAAAAAGGAUUACAAUUUUAAAGAGGCCAAGGCUUUUUAGAAUGGCCGAGGUUGGAACUCAAGAUGCAAGUCUUGAUGAGGCAGCCAACAACGAAUUCAGCAACAUCAUCAAGUCCAGAUCAGAUGAACACGAUGCAGUACAGAGGAAAACCUUUACAAAAUGGAUUAAUGCCCGCUUCACGAAGGUUGGGAAGCCCCCAAUCAAGGACAUGUUUGCUGACCUCAGGGAUGGGCGAAAGCUUUUGGACCUUCUUGAAGGCCUCACAGGGAGUGUCUUGACCAAAGAACGUGGAUCCUCGCGGGUGCAUGCCCUAAAUAAUGUCAACAAAGUUCUUCAAGUUCUGCAUCAGAAUAAUGUGGAGUUGGUAAACAUAGGAGGCACUGACAUUGUGGAUGGAAAUCAUAAACUGACCUUGGGCCUAAUCUGGAGCAUCAUUUUGCACUGGCAGGUGAAAGACAUCAUGAAGGAUAUCAUGUCACAUUUACAUCAGACAAACAGUGAGAAAAUUCUCCUGAGUUGGGUCCGGCAGUCAACACGCCCAUACAACCAGGUCAACGUACUGAACUUCACAACCAGCUGGACUGAUGGGCUAGCUUUCAAUGCUAUUAUCCACAAGUUCAAGCCUGGUCUUUUCAGCUGGGAAAAGAUUCUGAAGAUGUCCCCAGUGGAGAGACUGGAGCACUCUUUCAACCUAGCCAAACAACACUUGGCGAUUGAAAGACUUUUGGACCCUGAAGACGUUGCUGUUCCACUGCCAGACAAAAAGUCCAUCAUCAUAUACGUGACAUCCUUCUUUGAGGUUCUUCCUAAAGAAGUCACUAUGGACGACAUUCGUGAGGUAGAAACUCUGCCCAGAAGAUACAAUGUGGAGUGUGCGGAGAGCCAGUUCAACAGUCAGCAGAGUACAGCCUCUGAGGAGGAGAUGAGCCGCUCUUGCAUGGAGACCCCCAGCACAGUGAUGGAGAUGGAGAUGGAGGUGGACCUGGACAGCUACCAGGCCACACUGGAGGAGGUGCUGACCUGGCUGCUCUCUGCUGAAGACACUUUCCAGAUGCAGGAUGACAUCUCAAAUGACGUGGAGGAUGUCAAGGAUCAGUUCCACACCCACGAGGCUUUUAUGAUGGAGCUGACUGCGCACCAGAGCAGUGUAGGCAAUGUGCUGCAGGCUGGGAACAAGCUGAUUGCACAGGGUAACCUGACAGAAGAGGAGGAGGAUGAAAUCCGGGAGCAGAUGACUCUCCUCAACUCUCGCUGGGAGGGCCUGCGUGUGGCCAGCAUGGACAGGCAAGCCAGACUACAUGAAGUCCUGAUGGAGUUGCAACAGCACCAAUUACAACAGCUUUCUGACUGGCUGACUGAGACAGAAGCACGGAUUCGCAAGAUCGAGUUGGAGCCCUUUGCUGAUGAUAUGGAAGCCUAUAAAAAACAGAUGGAGCAACAUAAGGUCCUGCAGAAUGACCUAGAGAUGGAACAGGUGAAAGUAAACUCCUUGACUCACAUGGUGGUUGUUGUGGAUGAGAAUAGUGGAGAGGGAGCCACUGCUGCACUGGAGGAGCAACUGCAGAUGCUGGGUGAGCGCUGGGCAGCGGUUUGUCGUUGGACUGAAGAGAGGUGGCACAAAUUGCAAGACAUCCUCUUAGUGUGGCAACAAAUGAUAGAGGAUCAGCGCUUGUUCAAAGCGUGGCUUACAGAGAAGGAAGAAGCUUUAAGUAAAGUCCAGACCCGCCACUUCAAAGACCCCAGUGACAUUAAUGUUAAUGUUAGAAGAUUGGCGACUUUGAAGGAAGACAUGGAGAUGAAGCGCAGGACACUGGACCAGCUUAGUGAUGCAGGACAGGAUGUUGCACAGUUACUGAACAGCAAAAAAGUCCAAGACAAAAUUGACAGUGACAUGGAGGAACUGACACAGACAUGGGACAACCUGGUUCAAAAGCUGGAAGACUGUUCCAAUCAAGUGACAGAUUCGGUGGCAGAAUCAGGGAUGUCUCAGGUACAGGAGAAGGCUGUUAUAGAGACAAUCACAAUGACAGAGAAAAUGAACACAAAACAAUCCAAGCAAAAGCUGCCACCUCCUCCACCUCCCAAGAAACGGCAGAUGCACGUCGAUAUGGAAGUCAAAAAAUUGAAUGAAAGUGAAUUUGCUGAGAUUCUGAAUUGGAUUUUGAGAACACAAGCUUCCAUUCAAGCCUUGGAGUUCAAAGACUAUAAGAAGAUAAGAGCGACAUCUGGCAUAAAAGAAAAGAUUAAGUCUGUAGAUGCUGAGCUGACAGACAAACAGGAGAAGAUGGAGGAGGUAACCAGGUCUGGGCAAAAACUGUUGGAACAAAUGGAGAAAGAAGGCCUGCCUGCAGAAGAAGUACAAAGCACUUUAGAGAAAAUCUCCUCGGAAUGGAAGAACAGUGGCAGACAGCUGGAAGAGCUGAAAAAGAAGGUCCAGUACCAAGAUGAGAUCAAUGCUUUUUCCAAGGAGCUGCAGGAACUGGAGCAGGUUGUAAAGGGGAAGGAGGCGUGGCUGAAAGAAGUGCCCACUCAGGCUUCUGAGGAGCAGCCUGUACACACACUGAAGGCAUCCUGUGAGGCUGAGCUAACCCAGCUGACAGGUCUGAAUCCCCGAGUAGAGAAGUUGGCAUCUGUGGCUGCAGCACUUUGCAGGGAGCCUUCUUCCCCAAGCUUUGUCCAGGCUGACCUCAACACCCUCACUGCACGCUUCAGGGCAGUGCUGCAGGAACUCCAGAUCAAGCAGCAGCAACUGCAUACAGUCCUUGUCAGCCUCCCUUUCCAAGAACAUCAGGAUGCUAUAAAGAGUGUAUCAACUGUGCUGGAUGAAGCAGAGAGCAAGCUUUGCUCAAUUCAGAGUGAUGUGGUGGAUCCAGAAACGACUGAGAAUGCAAUAAAGAAUGCAAAGAUGCUUCAUGAAGAAUUGGAGCAACAGCAGCCAAUGAUAGAGAAACUGGCAGCAGUCGCAAAAAGACUGCAGGACCAGGAUCAAGGGAAUAUAACCAAAGGCUGCCUUGUAGGUUUUGAGGAUGUUCAAGCACGCUGGAAUACAUUGACUUCCAGGGCGAAGGAUGAGGUUUGCAAGCUGCAAGACGUUACGGCAAAUUUAGGAGAGUUUGAGGAUAAAUCUGGAGAAGUUCAGAAGUGGAUGGAUGGAGUGGAGAGCUUUCUGACCAAAGAGAAUGUUGCUUUGGAAGAUGCUGAGAAACUUCGGGAGGACUUGGAACAAUGCACGAUGUUUGUGAAUGAAAUGGAAAGUGUGGAAGUAGCUUUGAACAGCAUGAAAGACUGUGAAGCAGCACUGAAACAACAGUCAUUCCUAGGUCUGGGAGGCUGGGGACAGUCCAGACUAGCAAACUACCAGGCAAGAUGGGAGAAACUAGCUAAACAGAUUUUAAGCCACCAUGAUCGGAUAUCUGAGAACCAGGAGAAAGCAGAGAAUUUAAGGAAAGACUUGGCGGAGAUGCAAGAAUGGAUGAGCCAGGCGGAUGAGGAGUACUUGAUGAGGGACUUUGAAUACAAGACUCCAGAGGAGCUAGAGGGAGCUUUGGAAGAAAUGAAGAGAGCGAAAGAGGAUGUGUUACAGAAGGAGGUGAAAGUGAAGAUUAUGAAGGAUAGUAUCAACAUGCUGGUGGCAAAGUCGCCCCCUGGUGGCCAGGAUUUGACAUUGAAACUUGCUGUUGUGCUAAAGAAUUAUCAGAAACUUUGUGAUCGAUUUCGGAGCAAAUGUCACACUCUGGAGGAGGUUUGGUCUUGCUGGAUUGAGUUGAUGCAGUAUUUGGAUAUGGAGACAAACUGGUUAAACAAUCUGGAGGAGCAGGUCCAGAGUGCUGAGAACCUGCUAGACAGCACUGAGACUGUUAAUGAAGCGCUAGAGUCUCUGGAGUCUGUUCUGCGCCACCCUGCAGACAACCGGACACAGAUCCGGGAGCUUGGACAGACACUGAUAGACGGAGGAAUUCUGGAUGAAAUCAUCAGUGAAAAGCUGGAGGCCUUUAAUACACGCUACGAAGAGCUCAGUCACCAGGCUGUGAGGAGGCAGAUCUCUUUGGAACAGCACUUACAGUGUCUUCGGGAGAAUGACCAGCUUCUGCAGGCCCUUCAAGAGUCACUGACGCAGCUGGACCAGCAGCUGACCUCCUAUUUGACUGACAGGCUUGAUGCCUUCCAACUUCCACAGGAGGCACAGACCAUUCAAGCUGAGAUUGCUGCCUAUGAAGUCAGCUUGGAGGAGCUGCGACGAAGGAAUGCAGGCAACUUCCCCCCUGUCACCCCAGAGGGCAAGUCUCCUCGCGGGGGUACCUUACUGGACGUACUCCAGAGGAAGCAUCGGGAGAUAUCCACUAAAUACCAGCUCUUUCAGAAACCUGCCAACUUUGAGCAGCGGAUGCUGGAUUGUAAGCGUGUACUGGAUGGUGCCAAGGCUGAACUGCAGGUGUUGGAUGUGAGAAGUGUUGAGCCAGAUGAGAUAAAGGCUCACUUCGAUGGAUGCAUGAAACUCUACAAGACCUUAAGCGAGGUGAAAUUGGAGGUGGAGACUGUAAUUAAGACGGGAAGGCAGAUUGUACAGAAACAACAGACUGACAAUCCCAAGGGAAUGGAUGAGCAGCUAACUGCUUUAAAACUCCUUUACAAUGACCUUGGAGCUCAGGUGACAGAAGGCAAGCAGGACCUGGAGAAAGCCCUGCAACUCUCUCAAAAACUGCAGAAGGAGACGACAGCUCUGCAAGGGUGGCUCGCUGCAACAGAGACCGCACUAAACCAGAAGAACGCUUCAGAGAACAUGCCAGCUGAUGUCGAUGCGGAGAUUGCCUGGGCAAAUGGCGUGCUAAAGGAGCUGGAGAGGAGAAAGGCUAGCCUGAGCAGCAUCACAGAGAGCAGUGCUGCCCUGCAAGGCCUAGUAGAGGGCAGUGAGACUGGGCUGGAGGAGAGGCUCUGUGGGCUCAAUGCAGGCUGGGGACGAGUGUGCACCUGGACUGAGGACUGGCUCAGCACUGUGCUGAAACACCAGAAUGAGAUGGAGAUCUUCGAUGAGAAUUUGGCCCACAUUAGCACUUGGCUCUACCAAACAGAAAUUUGCUUAGAUGAGACAGAUAAACAGACCCCAAGCGAGAAGGAGGAAGUCAUCAAGAACCUGCUCUCUGAACUGGAUGAUGUUAGUUUACGUGUGGACAGUGUGCGGGAUCAAGCAAUUAUUCUGAUGACUAGCAGAGGGUCGGCUAGCCGUGAAGUUGUGGAACCCAAACUGGCAGAACUAAAUCGCAACUUUGAGAAGGUUUCCCAGCAUAUUAAAUCUGCUAAGAUGUCUGUGGGUACAGAGCCCCUGACCUAUGAAGUCAGUGUCAGGCAGGAGGGGCAGAAGAUGGAGAAGGUGCCCUCUGAUGACUUGCACCUGUUUGACAAGGACUUGCAGAACCUGCUCAAGAACCUGGACAGGCAGCUGGAUUCCCCUGAGCAGCAUUCUCAAGAUGAUGAAAAGAUGGAUGAAGAAAAGGCUCUGAUAGAAGAGAUGCUGCAGAAGGGAGAGCAGAUGUUACAGCAAACCUCGGGCAACGGCAAGAGAGAAGAGAUAAGCAAGAAGCUGUUGAUGCUGCAGACCAAGUACAGUACUCUGAGGGAGUUGAAGUUAAUCCAGAAGAAGCAGACCGCUGAACUAACCCCAGGAUUUUCUCAGUUUAAACAAGAAAAGGACAGUCUGCUAAACUGGAUGGAUGAGACAGAGAACCGGUUGUCAGGACUGCAUGGAGUUGAAGAUGAUCAGAAGUUACAGGAGUUGCUGCAGGAACUAGGUUUAAGAAAAGAAGAAUUCAAUGCCCUUCAGAAGGGACAGAACUUAUCCCAGUAUGAAAGUGCAGAACUGAACAACGAGCAAAUUGAUAGACGCUGGCAGGAGAUUGAGAGCCAAUUCUUAUUGUUUCAACGAACACAUUUCAAAACCUCUCAAGUACCUGUGCAUUACAAGGCUGUGGAUGGGCCAUCCCUCUUGCCUUCUGACUACCUUCUUGAAGUUAACAAAGUCCUACAGGCAAUGGCUGACAUUGAGCUGUUGCUGAAUUCGCCAGAGCUCAGCAGUGGGAUAUACGAGGACUUUUCCAGUCAAGAGGAUGCAUUAAAGUAUAUAAAGGACAUGCUUGAAAAACUUGGAGAGCAAGUAGCUGUCAUUCACGAGAAGCAGCCUGAUGUGAUCCUGGAAGCGUCGAGUGCUGAGGUUGUGCAAAUAGGGGACAGACUGACCCAGCUGAAUUCAGAAUGGGACAGACUUAAUAGAAUGUACAAUGACCGAAAAGGAUGCUUUGACAAGUCUGUGGAGGAGUGGCGGCAGUUCCAUUGUGAUCUGAAUGACCUCACCCAGUGGGUGACUGAAGCUGAGCAGUUGCUUGCUGAUGGUAGUGAUCCCGAUGGUGUCCUGGACCUUGACCAGGCAAAGAUGCAACAGCAGGAGCUUGAGGAGGGCCUGACUAGCCACCAGUCCAUCUAUACAACUUUAAACAAGACUGGAGAGGGAAUCAUUGGGCAGCUUUCUGUCCCAGACAGCAGCCUCUUGCAGGAGAAACUGAGCAGACUGAAUAAGAGGUGGAAAGCAAUCUCCAGGGAGGUUAGAGAGCGGCAGAACAGACUUAAAGGGGAACACAACCAGCUGACAGAUUUCCUGAAGAGGACGGAUGAACUGGGUCUCUGGUUAGACGAGGCAGCGUGCACUGUAGGAAAUUUACCAGUGACUGCUACAGACAGAAACUUAAAAGAAUUAAAGGCACUGGCAGAAAAGAUGGAUUCUGAGAAUGAAAAACUUAACUGGCUCAAUAAAAAUGGACCUCAGAUAUUAUCAAGCAGAGGCAUGAGCCUGCAAGAAAGAGAUAAACAUGUUACCAGACUGAGAGCUGUAAAUAUGAACUGGAGCAAGGUAUCCAGGGAGCUUUUUGACAAAGUUGGUGAGGUUGAGGUUAACCUCCAAAACCAAAGCCAGUUCCAGGACAAAAUUAACCAGCUCUCUGAUUGGGUGAGCGUGAAGAGGCAGAAACUGAGCACAAAAGGACCCAGUCGGAUGUCUGCUUCAGAGCUUCAGAUGUUUGAGACCACAAUGAAGGAACGCAAAACCGAGAUGGAGGAUCUUCUUGCCAGAUCUAUUGAUCUUCAGAAAAGGCAGCAGUUACUUCCUCAAGAAAAGAGUAAAAUAGAGCAGCUGGCUGCUGAUUGGAAGGCACUUGACUUCAUAUUGAAGGAGGUUGUUCAGCAGCCCACUGUCAGCUGUACUCAACAGGUCACACAGCAAAGGGUCACAGUCCCCUCCGUGGUCCAGAUGGCCAGCCUGGUGACCUCAGAUGCUACCCAUCAGACUGUGCAGAGUCCAGAUCCGGUAGCCCCCACAGAUCUGAAUGAGACAGCCACAGAGCUUGCUGAUUGGCUGGUUCUGAUAGACCAGAUGCUGAAGUCAAACAUAGUGACUGUAGGGGAUGUAGAUGAGAUCAGAGCCACUGUCGAGCGCCUAAAGAGGACAAAGGCUGAUCUGGAGCAGAGGCACCCUCAGCUGGAGGAUAUCUUUACCUUGGCUCAGAAUAUCAAGAAUAAGACUUCUAAUGUAGAUGUACGGACAUUCAUUACAGAGAAAUUGGAACGGGUGCGCAACCAGUGGGACAGCACUCAGCACGGUGUGGAGACAAGGCUGCAGCAACUGGAGGACAUGGUGACUGACAGCAACCAAUGGGAGGAGCAGAGGAGAGAGGUAGAGAUGCUCAUUGGUCAGAACGAGGUGCGCCAGCACAACCUGCAACAGCUCUCCAAGGAACCCCUGACCAAACAGCUGGCAGAUUACAAGAUGUUUUUGCAAGACUUGAACAAGGGACAGAUUGCAGUAGCAGCCUUCAAUGACCUCUCUGGCAAACUGCUCCGUGACUAUCCAAAUGACGACACCAGGAGGGUGAAGGAGGCCACUGACAGGAACAAUAUGGCAUGGAACACUAUAAAUAACAGGGCCAGUGAUAGACAGAGCUCCCUGGAUUCUGACAUCAAGAUGCUGCAGACCUCUCUCAAGGAAAUGGAGGGCUUUCUCAAGUGGCUGCAAGAGGCAGAGACCACAGGAAAUGUGCUGGCUGAUGCCUCACAGAGGGAAAGUCUUUCACAAGACAGUGUCCGUGUCAAAGAGCUGAGAAAUCAACUGGAGGACAUUCAGGCAGAGAUUGAUGCUCACAAUGACAUCUUUAAGAGCAUUGAUGGCAACAGGCACAAGAUGGUGAAGGCUCUGGGAAGCUCUGAUGAGGCUGUGUUUCUCCAGCAUCGAUUGGAUGACAUGAACCAGCGCUGGAGCGAGCUGAAGGCAAAAUCUGCUAACAUCAGGGCCCAUUUGGAGGCUAGUGCAGAGAGAUGGAGCAGGCUACUGGCUUCACUGGAAGAUCUGUGCAGGUGGCUGAAUCUCAAAGACGAGGGGCUGAAGAAACAGAUGCCGAUAGGAGGAGAUGUCCCAACUUUGCAACAGCAGCACAGCCACUGCACUGCGCUGCAUUACGAGCUGAAGGAUAAAGAGCAGGCUGUUCAUAAUGCCUUGGACCAGGCCAGAAUGUUCCUGGCAGAUCAGCCCAUUGAGGGUCCCGAAGAGCCCCGGCGAAACUUGCAACCCAAAGCAGAGCACACUCCAGAAGAGAAAGCCCAGCGACUCGCCAAAGCCAUCCGCAAGCAGUCUGCAGAGGUGAAGGAGAAGUGGAAGAGGCUGAACGCCCAUGCCGGCAGCUGGCAACAGCAGGUGGAUAAGGCGCUGGGCAAGCUGCAGGACUUGCAGGGAGCUAUGGAUGAGCUGGAUGUCCACCUGACUGAGGCAGAGAGUGUCCGUACUGGCUGGCAGCCAGUAGGAGACCUCCUCAUUGACUCCUUGCAAGAUCACAUUGACAAAACCACAGCAUUCAGAGAAGAAAUUGCCCCAAUGAAACAAGAAGUCAAAAUAGUAAAUGAUUUGUCCAGUCAGCUGUCACCUCUUGAUGUUACUGUGUCGUCAAACACCUCUCGUCAGCUUGAUGACCUGAAUAUGCGCUGGAAACUCCUACAAGUUGCAGUGGAGGAUCGCCUCAAGCAGUUACAGGAAGCCCACCGGGAUUUCGGACCAUCAUCGCAGCAUUUCCUCUCCACUUCAGUUCAGCUUCCAUGGCAGAGAGAUGUAUCCCAUAACAAAGUUCCCUACUACAUCAACCAUCAGACCCAGACUACCUGUUGGGACCAUCCAAAGAUGACAGAGCUGUUCCAGUCUCUUGCCGAUUUAAACAAUGUCCGUUUCUCUGCCUACCGAACGGCAAUGAAGAUCCGAAGGCUUCAGAAAGCGCUUUGCUUGGACUUGCUGGACCUUGGUGUGGCGCAGAAUAUUUUUGAACAGCACAAAAUUACCCAAAAUGACCAACUUUUGAAUGUCCCAGAUGUAAUUAACUGUUUGACAACCAUUUAUGAUGGGCUGGAGCAGAAUCAUAAGGACCUAGUAAAUGUGCCCCUUUGUGUAGACAUGUGUCUAAACUGGCUGCUGAACGUGUAUGAUACUGGUCGGAGUGGGAAGAUUAGGGUGCUGUCUAUGAAGAUUGGACUGCUGUCUCUUUCCAAGGGGCUUUUGGAAGAAAAAUAUAAAUAUAUUUUUAGACAAGUCGCUGGCCCUACAGAGAUGUGUGAUCAGAGGAACUUGGGACUGCUGCUUCAUGAUGCCAUCCAGAUCCCUCGGCAGCUAGGAGAAGUGGCUGCCUUUGGAGGCAGCAACAUUGAACCCAGCGUCCGCAGCUGCUUCUUGCACACCCAGAACAAGGCAGAGAUUGAGCACAAGCAGUUUGUGGACUGGAUGCGCUUGGAGCCGCAGUCUAUGGUCUGGCUUCCUGUCUUACAUCGCGUUGCUGCAGCGGAGACAGCAAAGCACCAGGCCAAGUGUAACAUCUGUAAAGAGUGUCCGAUUGUCGGAUUCAGGUACCGCAGUCUGAAGCACUUCAACUAUGAUGUCUGCCAAAGCUGUUUCUUUUCCGGACGUACCGCCAAGGGCCACAAAUUAAACAAUCCAAUGGUGGAAUACUGUACUCCUACAACCUCCGGGGAAGAUGUACGAGAUUUUACAAAGGUACUGAAAAACAAGUUUAGAUCCAAGAAGUACUUUUCGAAACACCCUCGACUAGGAUACCUGCCAGUGCAGACAGUACUGGAGGGUGAUAACAUGGAAACUCCUGUCACACUCAUCAGUAUGUGUCCGGAGCAGUAUGAACUCUUGCAGUCUCCACAACUCUCUCAUGAUGACACUCAUUCCAGGAUAGAGCAUUAUGCAAGCAGGUUGGCACAGAUUGAGAGGUCAAAUGGAUCCCUGCCUACAGACGGCAGCUCCACAACAGGAAGUAUGGAGGACGAGCACAUGUUGAUCCUGCAAUACUGUCAGACACUGGGUGGAGAGUUGCCCCUCAGCCAGCCCCAGAGCCCAGCACAGAUCCUGCAGGCCGUAGAAGAGGAGGAGCGGGGAGAGCUGGAGCGGGUCAUUGCCAAACUCGAGGAGGAGCAGAGGAAUCUUAGGAUAGAGUACGAACACCUGAAGGAGCAGCACUGUCUGAAAGGCGCCUCUUCCCUGCCCUCGUCCCCAGACUCGGUGGUCUCUGGACAGCACAGCGGCCCAGCAGAGGCAGAACUCCUGGCCGAGGCCAAACUCCUGCGGCAGCAUAAGGGCCGGCUCGAGGCCAGGAUGCAGAUUCUGGAAGACCAUAACAAGCAACUGGAGUCCCAGCUUCAUAAGCUGCGGCAGCUGCUCGAGCAGCCUGAAACCGAUUUCCAAAUAAAUGGAGUUUCGUCAUCUACUCCCCUUGAGCAUUCUUUCGUGAACAACUCAGUGAAUCAGGACAUUGGUUCACACGUGGAUCAUGCAGAUGACUUGUUAGUCCUUUCACACAAUACUGGCACAGACUUGGCAGAUGUCAUGGAGCAAAUCAAUAACACCUUUCCUGCAUGUAUUCCAACAGCAAGCCUUGCUCCAAGACAGCAGCAGGGCAAUGCAACCCCAGCACCCCUAGCCACCAGUAACAGUUCAGGUUAUGUGAAGUCGUAGCCAUUUAGAAGUGGAACACAAGGCACACCCCCCUAUGAACGAACCACUUUUAUAAAGACCAGAUAUAUAUUUGCAAAUAAUGGAGACUGCAUUGAAACUUCUGUCUCACAAGCUACAGACUUAAGUGAACUUAAGUCGAAGGAGUGAACUACUGAAGACCCAAAGACAAGGACCAGGACCAUAGAAUUUUAUAUUUUGUCUUUCUUGUACUAUGCAAUUGUACAUUUAUGAACUGUAGAUUCGGAGUUGGUUAAACAUUUGUUUGUGAUUUGUAUAAAUAUGCAGCAAUUUGGGGGAGGGGGCUUUAUAUAUGCCUUUUUGCUAUACUGAGUAUGGUUUAGAUACUGUAUAUUGGGUAUUAAACUUACAUUUAUACAUUCUACAGCGCUAUUGACUUAACACAGCGAAAUGUCUUUCUUUCACUUCAAACAUUGUUACCUUCCAGACAAUGAAUGAGACAGUGUUCUUAAAAACUGCAAGGGUUCUGGGGUAAAAAUAUUUGAAGAGACUGUUUCAUUGAUUGAUUAAUUAUAUAUAUAUAUAUAUAUAUAUAUAUAUAUAUAUAUAUAUAUAUAUAUAUACACACACACACACACAGAGUAGUCUGUCACAUAUCCGACUGCAGUGGGACCAGAGUAAAGGCAGAUAUGUAAAAAGUCGGGUAAAUUAAUCUUGUUUUAAUUACCAUUAUACACAGCUGUAACAAUUACUAUAUUCACACAAUUAUUGUUUUGAAAUUCAGCUUUUAUUAGGGAGUGCCCCUAAAUCCCUUGUUAAAACACAGGGUAUUAAUGCUUGUGACAGGGUAGCAGUCUGCCGUGUGGGUGCGUGCAUUCGCUGCUGAGUGACAGGCAGGAGAGCGAGACGGAGGUUGAAGCUGAUACGCCCUGCAGAUGAACAGGAUUUAUUUACAUAUCAACACACCGAACAGCUCACGUGACACUACCAGCAAUGGUAGCGCACAGAGUACAUACAACGCCAUGUACGAAAACCUUAGUGUCUCGGAACUAAUCUUCUCUGUUCAAUAAUAAACAAACUGGCUACUCACCCAGCUGUCGACGGUUUCGACUUGCUUACUCACUCCGGUGUCCAACCCAGGUUCUGGUUCUCUCUCUCUCUCUUUUUCUCUCUCUAACAUGCACAUGCACACACACACACACACACACAUCAGGGAAUUUCAGCUUCUUUAGCCCAGCUGACUUUGGUUUUGCAGCAGCCCUGAGGUGAAUAAAUGGAACCUUUUUAUACCUGAUGCCCUGCUGGAACACACUACCUGCUGAUUAGAUUCCACACCUGGUAAUCACACACAGCAGGCAGGCUCUCCCAGGAGUGUUAGGUACAUCAUUAAUUAAUUACAAUACCUACAAACUAUUUACAAUAUACAUUUACACAAAAAAAACUCUAUGUGCAGGGCUCCUGCCCUGCCACAGUGCAGUAUACUCUUACAUUAGUGUCAGGUAAUUUACACAUAGCAAAAAUGCAUAGGUUUACGAGGAAAAAGAAAAAACUUUCAAUUAUAAGCACAACUCGCUUUCGCUUUGCUGUAGCCGUUUGGCAUUAGCGGUGUACACGUGGGUGAUGUUGCUGAAGAGCUUGAUCAUGACGGAUAAACGGUUAGGGCGGAUAUGUGACGGGCAUACACAUGAUGGAUUACUGUGUGUGUGUAUAUGUAUGCAUAUAUAUAUAUAUAUAUAUAUAUAUAUAUAUAUAUAUAUAUAGUAAUAAAACCUCAUACAAAACAAUGGUGUGCUAUUGUGUGUUUUUGCUAAUUAGGCAUGCUUAAAAUUCAAAGCUAGAGCACAGCACACAGUCACAUUUAAGAAUCAAGAAGUGCAGUUAAGAUAUCUAUUGACUGGUGAAAUACAAUUCACAGUAUGUCAACUGUUUUGUCAUUUAAAAUAUUUUCACAAAACAAACAUUAAACUUUAAAGCUACAGUGUGCUGUGCAAAAGCACAUCAUGAAAAACCACAUUUGUAGGUGAAAAACGCUAGAAUAAAGUCGCUGCAUUUAAAAAAAAUAUAUAAACGUAAAAUUUUCGGUCCUCUAAAAUAAAUGGCUUUACAUCAUCUCUAAGUAAGAAAUUGGAGUCCAGUGUGAAAACACAACAUGAAAUAAUAAAUUAAUGUAGCAUCCAAAGUUGCACUAUAGCAUUAAAAUGUUCAAUAAAAUAAAAAAUACCUUAGUUACAAGCUCUUGCAGUUUAAAAAAAAUUGAAACCGCCCAAAUCUUCAUCAUCUGAACCUUCAUCAUUGAUGAUGCAAGCAAUUGUCUGAAUCAUUCAAUGCACAGAGCAACUACUUAUAGGCAGUGAGCCGCGAUAUUUCCCCUCAGGCAUUAUUUGCGUAUGGUUAUUAAAAACUGGAAAUUAAUGGUGAAAGUUUUACUUUCAGCUAAAAGUUAGGGGGUGUGGGGCGGGGGGGGGUGUAUUUUAUCUUUCUUAAAUUAUUGAAUAAAUAAAAAAGAUGUGAAACAGGCUCUUUCAAUUCUGGCUGUGCCUAUAAAAAUAUAAUUCCGGUAUAAACCAGAGAUUUGAAUACCAUAGGGACAUUAAUACAGAAUACAUGCUUUUUUUGGCAUGAACUAUCGAGGCCUAAGAUGAUUUUAUGUGUUGUAUGUCGUUUUUAAUCAGAAGAAAGCCAUGACUGCCUUUCUACCUCAGACACAAUCCCAUUAGUAUUGUGAUUUCUAUUUUUGUUGAGUGGUAUUUCACAAACACAUACAGGCUGUUAGACAGGCGCACGAUCAGAAGAAGAAAAACACCCAUAUAGCUAUCCACGGUUUAGUGUGUAUAAAAUUCGCUUUGACUUUUGACAUUUUCUUGACAAUGUAUGCAAUGUGUUCUGUGCUAUUCUAUCAUAUAAUGACAAGUUAUUACACUAUUGUCAACUCCCUCAACUGUGCCCUUGGGUGAUGAUAUAGUAAACUUUAUACAAGGAACUUUGUCAUUUUGAGGUAUAUAGUGUACACUGAUCACACUACAUCUAAUAUGGCUACAUAUGUUUAUUCCAAAUAAAGAAAGUAAAAGUAUA